AUGGAUGGGUCUCAUGAUUCUCUUCUUCAUACUUCUUCACCCGGCGGCUGCGGUCCGCGCGUUGUGAUCAUGUUUCGUUUCUUCCCCUCAACGCCACACGUGUUUCGUUUGAGAGACAACUGCACAGGCCACCUUUUAGCGGGGCAGCAUGACACGCAGAAAGAUCGGCCUCCUCCUGCGAAACCAAUACCUGCGACCUUCCCGGUGCUCGAUCCACCCAAGCCGUCGAUAGGACGCCCGCCAGCAUCCUGGAGCAGGGCGAAUGUAACAGGGAUUACCAACCAUUUUUUGAACCUGAAGAAACCAUCCGACAUCACGAGGGAAACUCUGGCGCAACUCAAUGUCACGUUCCAGUCCGACUGUGACUUCGAAACGAUACUAUCGUCGCUGUCAAACGAUGCGCUAUCACACAUGCCGCCCACUUCAUGGCUAGAGGCACCGGAUCAGCAAGAACCAUCAACUCCGGAACCGGCUGUUACUCUCCUCAGUAACGGCAAAAGAGUUCCGGAUCGCAAAGAGUUCUAUAUCCGUGCGCGAGAGCUGCUCUUCAAAAACGAAGAUGCAUUCUCGACACUUACACGGAAAAGCACUGGAGGUCAAGCACCGCUGCGACUUGCACAUUUUCGCAAGUUCUGGGAAGGGCUUGAUAACAUGGCAUACUAUUGGGACAAUUCGCUAGAUGACUAUCACCCUCCAAACCCUGAGGCUAAAGAUACAACUGCCGAGACCGACACUCUUUCCAAUCAAGAUGCAGGGGGUGAUGGUCAAGAAACACGUGCUGAAACGAAGACAGACUGGAUCGCAAAGAUGGGGAGUGGGUUUGGGCCCCCCAAUGACGGCGAACCUCGAAAGAAAGCAAAGACAGAAGCGGUGAACGACCAAACAAUGGUUCAGUCCGUCCACGCAAACGGGUUUGGAGGAUCAAUAGCUGCUCAAACAGCGUCGAUCAUCCCAAGCAGGGUACUGCCCGCCAGAAUUGCACCGUCCAGGUUUCCAAACGCAAUAAAUACGGAACCUCAAGAGAAGCCGGCUGAUAUGUCUAAUGGCUCCUACCGAGGCUACCGUAUCGGUAAUGGCUCAGAGAUGCCUGAUCAGUAUCGCAUUGACUGUGUUCGAGCCUUUGUUGAGCCCAUUGCGUGGGCGUUUGGUGUCACACUUUCACAACACCGACGGCCCCCUGUUCUGUUAUUGGAGCACGUGCGCUUCCCUGUACGUAUGAGCUCUGUAGCAUGGCGUGGGCCCCAGGAUCGGAUGAAAGCACGGCAGGGCUGGAUGGAAGGGCCUGUGUUAGGGAUACAGUGUAGACCAGACGUCAACUUUGGAGCUUCUGGAAGUCUAGACGCAGAAUCUAACCUAGAUGCCGUCCGUGAGCUUGGUGGACUGCUGCUUCUAGCUCAAGAGCGCGCGAGAGACGGCAAAGUCGAGCAGCUCGCGGGUGAAGGGAAAUGGUGGACUACGAAAGAACGCUGGGGAGGCGGGCCUGGAGGCGAAGUUGGGGACAUUACAAUACCCAGCGAGACAUCUGGCACUGAAGCUACACCUAAUCCCCAGGAAAGGUCUGCUCAAAGGAACGUGGACGGCUCAAGAGUACGGCGACGACCGACACCUGCGCAGAUCUGGAAGGUUGUCAAACCCGGAAAUCCUCUUUGGGACCCCAAGGUUGUCUAUGAAGCGAUUGGCAAAGACAGAACUGCAGAGUGGGACGAUGUCUUCAUGGUUUCGUCAUUGAACCACCAUAUUAGCUUGUUGAAGCUGCACGUGCAUCCAGCGUAUCUGGAAUACAUCACAUAUGGAAAACUUCCCGAGAGUCAGCCCUCAGAUCCUGAUUGGUGCUCGCCUAGACUUCAAAGGACACGGUGGUUCGAUUUGUUCAGUGUCGAAGACCGUACUGAAGCCAUGAGGGGCUUUUGGGGCAUUAUGUCUUAUUUGCUGCGAGCCAAAGAUGUGGGCCAAGAAGACGUUGUCAUGGGCAAUUCAUGA